GCAACCGGUCGCAACCGAGCAGCAGUGGCAGCAUCGUCCUUGCAUCCUCACGACAAGUCAGUGCGAGCGAAAAGUUUGAGUCGAGAUUUCACCGUUGCGCCGAUCGUGUGCGGUGUUGGCUGAGGCAAACCCAUUUUCCCUCAAAGUGUUCGAUUGAUGGUUUGGAGCGAAUAAUAAGGUCCUUUGGUAGGCGCUGUGAAGGGUGGUGAACAUAAACAAGGUGUUAAUAUUGAGAAGGAAUUUGAAAACAUCUUAAAAGUGCUUAUAAUGUUGGUGUAAAAAUCAAAUGGUGUGCUCGGUUCCUAUAAAAACGAAGUAAAAUUCUUCCACAAUUCUCUUCGAUCUAUUACUUGUUAUAAAAAUAACAAUAAAAAUCGACCUUUCCGCACGCCACCAAUUUACGCGAAUGGGCCAAUAACCCAUCAUCAGCCAGGUGCGGUAAAACAUUGCGUUCAUACACAGUGACGACGUGAAAAUCGGCACAAUCCGUCGUUUUGUGGAGGCAAGUGCGUUGAGUGAGGGAAAAUUCAUGGAUAAUAAAAAUAAAUAACGCCGAAAAAAAACACACACUACAGCACACGGAAAACAAAAUUGCACUUCAACAACCUUCAUCCAGCGGAAGGGGGCAAGGAACAACGGUCGGGAAACUCAACUGACAGACAUUUCGACGCGUAAGUGAACGAACGAAAGGGAAGUGAGGAGAAAAAAACACACCAAAUUCAGUGAAAACUACCGCAAAAAAGUACUCAACCGGAAGCAGAGCAGCAAGUACGCGCGGCCAGGCAGCGGCGAGAGCUGGAAAUUAAUAUUUAAUUUCAAUUCAACCAAACGAUCCCCGGGUGUUUGUGUGGGCCAGUGUGAGUGCGUGUGUGUAGGCGAGUGCUGGAGGUGUAUAUUUAUUUUUUUCCGUUUAUCCAGUUUCGGCAGCGAAAAGGUGCGAAUUUGGUGUUUUCAUUGCGGGUGAUUCGAAGCGCGAAUCGAUGUUUACCUUUUUUGCGCUUUCACGCGGCAUGAAUUGAACCGUCCAUUUCAUCGUUCGAAAAAUUCCCCCGCGAAAGCGAUCAGUGAAAGUAUUAUUGCAAUCAGCAUUAUCAUCAUCCGCGUACGCAAUUGUGAAGAAAGCCGAGCGAAUAAAUCGAGCGAGUGUGCCUAGAAGGUAGGCAAUAUACGGAUAAUCGAUACUCGGGUGAAGUGUUUACCACGACUUGACUACGCCCUUGGGCAACGUGACUAAACGCUCUGCAGACAGGGCGACUCCAUUGUCUCUUUUUUGUGGUGAAGCGUACAUUAAAAAGCCGUCAAAAUUUAUCCACACGAUAUGGACUACUCCUACCUUAACCAGGCGGCAGCUAGCUUUGAUUCUAGCUGCCUCCAGGGCGGUAUGGACCCGACCGGGCUGGGCAAUAUGCCCUGCUCGUACGGGGACCUCACGUCCUGCAGCCAGAUGUCGCAGGCCGCCUAUCGCUACACGGCGGCCGCAGCGUCCAUGGCGCGGUCGUACAAUCCCGUCGGUACCGGGGUCGGACCGGGCAAUGUGACGAUGAGUGCGCUGCACCAUGCAGCCGCCGCAGCCGGGCCCGGAUCGCAGUGCUCGGUAAUGGGUGGCCGGACACACCAGGACGUGCAUCGGGCCUCCAUGUUCCAGACAUCGAUGAAUUUGCAGUCUGGCCUCCCGUACAAGGUGUACGCCGGGCACGAUUCGGUGCUGGCGGAGAAGCGCAAGCAGCGCCGGAUACGAACGACCUUCACCUCGGCCCAGCUGAAAGAGCUCGAGCGAGCCUUCCAGGAGACACACUAUCCGGACAUCUACACGCGCGAGGAAAUAGCGAUGAAAAUCGAUCUGACGGAGGCCCGCGUACAGGUCUGGUUCCAGAACAGGCGGGCCAAGUUUCGCAAGCAGGAACGGAUCGCCCAGCAGAAGGUGUCCAGCAACAACAGCAGCAGCGGCAGCAGCAACAGCAGCAACAGCAGCAACGGCAGCACCAACAAUGCCGGCGCUAAUCAAGAUUCAUCGUCCGUGAAGAGCGAGCAGAAGUCGUCGGUGAACGGUGGCAGCACGACCCCGAAGGACAUCAAGCCGCCCGGCUCGCCCUGCCUGUCCGUCACCACCCUGUCCACCACGCCCAACUCGAGCGCCUCCUCCCACCAGUCGAACGGUGAUAUCAAACCAAUUAAUGGAAAACUGACAGACGAUCUGAACGGAGCGAGUCUUCACAACGGACCCAACCAUCAUCAUCUCGUGGUCAGCAAUGGUACGAGCAACGGCAGCACCAACAACAACAACAGCCACCAUCACCACAACAACAACAACAACAGCAUCAGCAACAACAAUAACAACAACAAGUGGAACCCGUCCUGCAAUCCGCUGCUGCAGAACCAGAAGGCAGCCAAUCAUCUGAGCAUGAAUCAUAACCUCCAGAACCAUCAUCACCAUGCGGUGGCUGCGCUGUCCUCGCCCUUCUCCUCGCUGCUCGGUGCGGCUGCCGGCGGUGGUGCGGCCGGCUAUCUGCUCGAUCCGCUCGGCGGACUGAACAAGACGACGGCCGCCAACCACCUCUUCUAAGACGGCGAGAGCGGCAGGCUUAAUUAGGGAAUGUUGGGAGCGUCGGUUGACCCUCCCGAAUUGAGUGGCGUUGAGCGGUAGAAGCGCUGUACGAUUGGAACACCUUAAUUUUUGCCCGCGAUUUCACGCCCACGGAACGUGAGCUGUCACUAAAAAUAAGUCCCCCCAGCGGUGGAAGGAAGUGCGGCUUCCGAUCCUCCGGGUGGAUUAAUUAAGCAAACGGUACUGCAUGUACGGUUUGAGGUUAAGGUCCUGGAGGGCACAGACAGGCACGGUGACGAGCGUCAGUCUGUCAUCGUCAGCGUAGGUGACAUUAAUCAAAAUGGGAAAAGAACAAGUAGAACUAGGAAGGAGGUUUUGUAAAGCAGGUCGAAUGUCAGUGGAAGAAUGGUACGGUUGCAGUAAGAAUGGACAUGAAGCGAUACGAUCUUGUAUACGGAGCAGCACGGGAAGAGUCGCUUUCCGUUUAGUGUAAGAUCGUUUUGUUGACCACGAGAUCACUUUUAUUCAGACAGAGUUGGUGAGGCUCAAGCAGCAGAAUUCAACCGUUUAAACUACUACUACUACUUUAGUACUUAGCGGCAAUUAGUGAAGAAGCGUAUUGUAAAUAGAGUCAGAACGCGCAUCAGAGCGCAGGUGCGCCGCAGGUGUACGGGUAUGCGCCCAGGUUUACAUCAACGAUCUUACCACUACUACUAUUACUUACACUUAAUACCCAAAGAGUCGUAUAGGAAAUGGUGCGAAAUACGUGACAUUCUGCUGGAAGCGAUCCAAAAUGGUUGGAUCCAACGAUUGCGGAAAGUUUCACUCAGCCAAAAACUUUCGAUCGUCCGUAGAGGAAACCGUGUUCCGCGGCCCCUUAAAUUGUUGUACAGCUACAGUGUAGGACGUGACAGGUAGAGUUCAGACUUCAGCUUUGUAGAGUUCACUAGAGGUAGCUUCCCUGUAAAUGCGUCACUGGAAGCUAUAAGGAGAUGUGUUUUUAGUUUCUCUUCUGUUUAGUGUUUGCAACUGGAAUCGCUCAGCCAGGACAGCUAGCAGUAGCAGAGGAAAUGGAAGAGAGCGUGACCUAAGAUAUCCAUAAAGAAAUAGUUGAAAUCAAGCAAAAUGUAAACCGAACCGAGCUCGUCCUCCGCCAAAUUGUACGAUAGGUCGAUGCUAAGAGUAAGUCAAAUAUACUAAGAAUCGGAUCAACAAAACA